AUGCUGGGUUCACAUGAUCAUUGAUCAGCACAAAAAAUUUGUGCGCAGUGCGUACUAACAUCCAACGUUUAAUCACAUUUAAAUUUUUUUAAUAUUAUUUAUAUUUCAGUUUAGUUUGUAUCGAUGUUCGGAAUGUUUUUCCAGAGAUCUGCAAGAGGGUUGGAGAGGUACUACAGUACCAAAUCCGUCAUCAAAGAUGUGACUGUUGUUGGCUCCGGCCUCAUGGGCUCGGGAAUUGCUCAGCCUAAUUGCAGGUGGCGGCUGCAGCGGGAAUGAAUGUGACACUGGUCGACCACUCCGACGACAUUCUGGACCGCGCUCUGGAACAUAUAGACAAAAGCUACAGCAAGAUUGUUGCGAAGCAGUAUCCACACGAUAAAGUAAAAGCGAAAACACUGGUGGAAGGCACGCUGUCUCGAAUCCGAACAGCCCGUGAUCCCUGCCAACCAGCCGGACAAGCGGAUUUGAUCAUCGAAGCCGUAGUUGAAAAUCUGGAACUGAAGAAGGAGCUUUUUAAGAGAUUGGACAAAACGGCAGCUAACCAUACAAUUUUUGCAUCGAACACCUCGUCGUUAUCGAUAACUGCGAUGGCGAGUGUGACGGAACGGAGAGAUCGCUUCGGAGGUUUGCAUUUCUUCAGCCCGGUGCCCAUGAUGAAACUUGUGGAGGUUGUGCGUUUGGAAACCACAAGCGAUGCAACGUUCGAUUCCUUAAUGGAUUUCGCUAAGAAAAUCGACAAAGUACCUGUUGCAUGCAAGGAUACACCUGGAUUCAUCGUGAAUCGUUUGUUAAUUCCUUACUCUCUGGAAGCGGUUCGCAUGGUGGAACGAGGGGAUGCUACAGCACAAGACAUCGACACCGCGAUGAAGUUGGGUGCUGGUUAUAAGAUGGGACCGCUUGAAUUGAUGGAUUUUACGGGAGUUGACUUAGCCAACAUGAUAAUGGAUGCAUGGGCCAAGGAUCACGGGCACAACCCUGUUUUUAAGACGAUACCUUUGAUUACGCAAAUGGUUAAGGAGGGUCGACUGGGAAGAAAAAGUGGAAAAGGAUUUUAUGACUAUACGGAGUCAUCUGAAAAAGCUGCUCAAGAAAAACAGAAGAUCAAAGCCAAGUGAUUAUUUGUAUUGCAUUAGCUUUUGAACAUACAUGUAUGGGGAACGAAUAAUGAUCGUAUGGACUUUAUCGAGCGAUGAAUUUUUUAAUUUUUGUGCUCCUUUGCCUUCGAUUUUGUAUGAUUCUGAGAUUGUUAUAUUUUUUUUAGAUUGUUAUUGCUAUGAGCAGCCAUAAAUCACUGAAAUUUC